AUGCUGGGCAGCAGAGCCGGACGGGCAGCGCCCCUCCUUGCUUUGCUGCAGCUUAUUGGGGUGACUGGCGAGUGUAAUCCCUUCUGCGAGAAGAAGACCGACCCGUGGGAGUCGCUCUGCACCUGGAAUGGCUGCUACGGUUGCAGCGAAUGUUACGUCCCGCCUGCAAGCCCGCCACAAUGCCAGGGCUUCUGUGCAGCAAAGACGCAACCCUGGGACACCCGGUGCAGCUGGGCCGGCUGCGGCGGCUGCACCGAGUGCAUGCUUCCUCCGCCGUCCCCUCCCGCGCCGGCGUGCAGGUCGUUCUGUGAGGACAAGACGCAGGCCUGGGAUGACAAGUGCGCCUGGGCGGGCUGCAUCGGCUGCUCCGAGUGCGGCGCCGAGUCCGAGUGCAAGCCAUUCUGUGAGACCAAGACGCAGGCUUGGGAUGCCAAGUGCACCUGGAGGGGUUGCAACGGCUGCUCCAAGUGCUCUCUCCCUGCGCCGGAGUGCAAGCCGUAUUGUGAGGACAAAACGCAGGCCUGGGAUGACAAGUGCACCUGGGCGGGCUGCAUCGGCUGCUCCGAGUGCGGCGCCGAGUCCGAGUGCAAGCCAUUCUGUGAGGCCAAGACGCAGGCUUGGGAUGACAAGUGCACCUGGGCGGGCUGCAACGGCUGCUCCGAGUGCGGCGCCGAGUCUGAGUGCAAGCCAUUCUGUGAGACCAAGACGCAACCAUGGUCGAUAAAGUGCUCAUGGCACGGCUGCUCGGCCUGCAGAGGCGAGUGCAAUGCGUGCAAGCCCUCCUGUGCGGUCAAGACGGACCCGUGGGAGAUGCUCUGCAGCUGGAACGGCUGCUCUGGCUGCACCGGCCUCUCGCCAACGGCCUCGCCAUCUGCUCCAUCAACCACAGCGGCCCCGGUCACCCUUCCACCAGCGCCGCUAGUAAUCACACACGCGUUUUCGCCGCCCUCCAACAUGACCACCUCCGUCACCUACGAGGUCUCUCUCACUCAAGGGCGGAGGCGAGAGCUGCAGACUGUGACCACGGCGGACCUUAAAAGUGCCGUGCAAGCGGCGUACGCCGGCUCCGGUAUCAGCCUCACACUGGCUCAGAUCAGCCUCGAGGACCUGGGCAGCAACAAAUACAAGGUGACAGUGACAUCUCCCGACUGGCCGAGCGCGACCGAUGUCUACGAAAAGACCACCAACCAAUUGCUCGCCGACAUAUUGCAGCAGCUGCCUGGUCACAGCCAAGUGCAGUUCGACUCUCUCCCCGUGAUUCGCGUGGUCGCCCCAUGCCAAAUCGAUUACGCGCUGGUGGGCAACGGCUACUGCCUCUCCGACCCCUUUGCCGAUGCGCUCGAACCGGCCUGCAAGGCUGAGGAGAUGCAACAGCCGGCAGGAAGCCGCAACCUUCAGCGUUGCUUCGACGACAGCGCCCGCAUCAAGUGGAAUCCGGCGUUCACAUGGCAGUUCCCCCUGGCCUCGCCGCCCGCCAACGACGGCACACACCACGACUGCGAGGCGGAGUGCAGCGCGAACCUGGACUGCAUCGGCUACAUGACAGAGACCGAGAACUCCGACUAUCCUACCCUCGGACCUAGCUUUGUCUGCAUCACGAUACUCAAUUCCGACUACCUAGCCAGUGGUGGCAUCAACUACGUGGACGAGGAGACGCGGAACCACUGCUUCGAGAAGCGGUGCACGCCUGCGAUCAGCGGCAUCGUAAACCCCACCAUCCUCUUUGCCGAUUUAUUCCUCAAAUUUGGCCUCCUGAAUCCGCCCGAUGGCACCCCUUGCACCCCGCCAACAACCGACCCAGCGCCCGACCCGCAGACACAGCCAGGGGAGCUCACAGCGAAGUUUUAUGCGGGGUCGAAUUUUGCUGCAAACGGAGGCGGCCGACCUUUCGCUCAGAACAUUCUGGAACCUGCCAUCCUCGAGGGGCUGAACGCGUUGCCGCUCGACCCACUCGACCCUACUGGGGGCAAGGUUGGCGACUACCUCGUGGACGAAACGCAUGGGGCGUUUGGUGGGCUAAAGGUGAACCUCUGGCAUCUAACUGUGCAGUGCGAGGACAGGUACGGCGCGAGUGUUGUCCCGACGCCACAGGUGGGCACGAACACAGCCAGCAGCCAAUGCGAUUACAAUGAGGCGUACAAGGCGAGACACGCGCCCUGGACGUGUGGCACUUCCAAUAGCCAACCGUGUAUCCAGACGUUCUCGUCGAACUCAUUCGGGCGUGUCUGCGAUAACGAGUGCCUCGACCAAGCGUUCCGCAAUGCGUGCCGCAUCUGCUGCGACUCUUGUCCCCAGCCCGCCGGCUGCCUGAGCUAUGGGGAUGGAGCUUGUGACCCAGUGACAGGCAUCUGCAAUGGCAACUGCAACUGGGCUAGCGGCUACGACAUGGAGCCGGCAAACCUCGACGCUCUGCGCGGCUACGUGGCGGUCGGCUUUAUCAGUAGCGACCCCGCCCUUCAGCAGCGGGUGUUGCGGCGCAUCGAGUGCUACUACGCCACGGAUGGCUUCAAGGACCGCAUCAACGCCAGGAUGGCCGCCGUUGCGCAGGAGCGCCGUUGCGACGGAAGCGGGCCCAGGGACGGGAGCACCGAGCUGCACAAGAUCGAGGUGGUGCAGGUGGAUGUCGUGCAGGGGCGGCCCGCGGAUUUGGGGGUGUCAUCAUUUAACGGGUUUGAGGGCGACGUCAUCGUGCCGACGGGCUGCUAA